AUGGAUUCCGAGUUGCUGGAUGCCGAGCCAGCCAGUGCGCUCCAAGAUGGCACUAACGGUCAGGGUGUCUAUAUCUACACGCCCGCCGAUAAAAGCAAACCCUCGGGAGAGCGUCCCUCCAAGCGGCGCAAGGUGGUCUCGGAAAAGGCAGCGACAGAGAAGAAGGUUCACCCUUUCGUGUCCCUUCUGAAUGGCGAAGAAGACGACCAAUCAAUCGAAGCGCGGUAUAGAACAUACCACCAGCUCUGGUCUACCCAGGAGGCAAAGAUUCAGGACAUUCUAGAUGACGUCGACUCCGAGGUUCUAGCCAGUGUUUCUUCCUUCGUUCGGUCAACCUCUCCUCAAACAUACGACGGUUGUAUCCCGGCGGCACUAGUUACGGUGGGCUCCAAUGUCUCGUCGCUUGCGAGACUGCUGGCCAGACUCAACGGUCAAUUAACCACGGCCGGGGACGGAGGAGCUAUCGUGCUGGAGUCCGGCGAUGCGCCCAACCUCAAAACGACCCUCAAAAAUAUCAUCAGAUUUGCCAUCACGAACACCGAAGGGAACGAUGGCUACCAGUCCUUUCUCACCGAUCGAGAGGGCCCCAGAGUUCUCGCAUACGAUCUGGAUCUCUUGGGCGACUAUGUUAGGCGGAAAGGUAUCAAGAAAUUGGUGGUCGCAUUCCGUGACAGUGAAGCUUUCGACCCAGGUCUCCUUACCGAUCUUUUAUCGCUACUAAGCUCGUGGCUUGAUCGGAUCCCCUUUACCCUCUUAUUCGGCAUCUCGACGUCCGUGGAGCUCUUCGAGGGGAGACUCCCGCGAUCAACGGUCGCUCUGCUUCGCGGGAGGUAUUUCGAAAUUCAUGAGGCGAGCAAUUGCGUCGAUCGCAUCUACGGGAGGUUACAGGCAGAACAGGAUGGGAAGCUCUGGCUAGGGCGCAAUAUCACGAACGUUUUGUUUGAAAAAUCCAACGAUUCAUUCCAGACUCCGGAGGCCUUCAGCCGUACGGUAAAGUACGCGUACAUGUCCCAUUUCUUUGCGAACCCGUUGACGGUGCUCCUAGCAGGCGAGACUCCCCCCAGCAUGCGCGAGGACAUCGUCUGCGAAGCAAUCAGAAACCUUCCCUCCUUCCGACUGUAUUGCGAGGAGCUGCUUGACGGAGGCUCUGCCAAGCACGUGCGUGACCUGCUCGAAAACGACGAGAUUCUUCUCCAGCACAGUCGACAGCAUCUGACGGACGGGCAGCAGAGGAUGCGCGACAUCUUCCAGUGCGUCAAGUUGAUACACCUGCUUCUGAAGAAACUCAACCUCGUCAAGAAGACGAGUAUAUCGGAUCUAUCAAUCCGCGCGCUUUCAGGCGAACUUCAGGACUCGCCCUUAGUCAAUGACAUCCUCCUAGCUACCAGAACGCUAGAUUCCACCCUACUCACGGAAGUAUUAGCCACCCUUCCGACCACUUUAGCGGAGCGCGCAGAAUUACAAGACAUCCGAGCAGAGUUUAAUGCCCUAGAGCAGACAUACCAGGGCCCCGAGCCCCUCAGGAGCGCGCAUGACAAGCGCCACUCCGUCGUGGCAACCACCGUUGUUCAGCAGCGGGUGAGACUCAGCAAGGGCAAAGCCAAGUUGCCCCAGGAGCAUAUUGAGUACACCAAGAUCAUCGACCGUUUUCACACCCUGCUCGAGGGAUACUUCGAGCAGACUCUGCAGAGCCCGCAAGAUCUUGUCCUGCACGAGAUCUUCCUGUUUGAUAUGAGAAACCCCUUGAAAGAGAUAUUCUCCCCUCGACCGCGGUUUGCAAUCGAACGGGCACUGUCCAACCCGUUCGACUAUCUCAUGUCCCCCUCGGAGAAACCCGAGACCAAGGUUUCCGCGAACCAACCCGCCACGGCCAUUCUGUACCAGCUGUAUUUGGAGUCCGGGUCACUGGUGAAUGUCUACGACCUCUGGCAGGCGUUCUACGCCGUGUUUGAAAGCGAGCAAGGGGAUUCCUGCGACGAACGGACCACUAUGGCCCUCUUCUACCGCGCCCUGUCGGAACUCCAGGCUCUGGGCAUGGUGAAAAGCAGCCGGAAAAAGGCUGACCAUGUCGCCAAAAGCGCAUGGAUGGGAUUGUGA